AUGAUUGGAUCAGUCGACCAGAUCAAUUCUGGUAUUCUUGCUGUGAAAAAAGGAAUAAAAAGAUCCAAGCAAAAUAGUAUUUGCGAGAACGGAGGAAUACCAAAUCGUAAUUUUACUUCAAUUUCUAGUGAAACAGAACAUUUCACUUAUUCACAGUGCUCUUCUGAUAAUUUGGAAGCGCAGCAUCGCAAUAAAGAUCAGGCUUCAAGUUGUGGCAAUUCUUCUAUUUCCAAAAGUCAAAAAAAGGGGAGAUAUCGCUAUGGCAAUUACGACCGGUAUUAUGGAAGCAGAUUAGGAAAAACAGCUGAUCCGAGAAUGGCAUUGUUAAGGAAAGAAUGGAUCGAAAAAAAGUCUGUUUUAGAUAUAGGAUGUAAUGUGGGAUUUCUUACUUUAUCCAUUGCGAAAGAUUUUGAGCCGAGGCGUAUUAUUGGAAUCGACAUCGAUGAACAUUUGAUUGGUGUUGCACGAAAAAAUAUUCGACAUUAUUGCAAGGAGAACGUCAAGAGGACAUUCCCAUCUUCAUUUUAUUCCCAUUUCGAUCAGUCAUCGACUUCAUCAUUUUCUACGAAGUUUCCCGACAACAUUUGGUUCCGUCGCGAAAACUAUGUAUUAAAAAAUGAUGCUUUGUUAGAUCAUGUCAAAGAAGAGUAUGAUGUUAUCCUGGCCUUGAGCAUCACUAAAUGGAUUCAUUUGAAUUGGGGAGAUGAUGGAUUAAAGCGAUUUUUCAGGCGAGCAUUCGUACAACUACGACCAGGAGGAUUAUUCAUUAUCGAGCCACAAAGUUUUGAUACAUAUAAAAAACGCGCCAAAUUGAUGCCUGAAAUGAUGGUCAAUUAUAAGUCUAUUGUUCUUUUUCCAGACAAAUUCAAAGAUUAUUUGAUUAAUGAAGUUGGAUUCAAAAAAUAUGAAUAUUUGGGCAUUCCAAAUGCAAAGACACCAGGUUAUGAAUAA